CGAGCGCGAGGCAGCACUCUUGCGGGGACGGCGGGCGGCGGCGCGAUGGCAGCGCAGCGGCUGGGCAAGCGCGUGCUGAGCAAGCUUCAGUCCCCGUCGCGGGCCCGCGGCCCGGGGGGCAGCCCCGGGGGGCUGCAGAAGCGGCACGCGCGAGUCACCGUCAAGUACGACCGGCGGGAGCUGCAGCGGCGGCUGGACGUGGAGAAGUGGAUCGACGGACGCUUGGAGGAGCUGUACCGCGGCAGGGAGUCGGACAUGCCCGAUGAGGUCAACAUUGAUGAGCUGUUGGAACUGGAUAGUGAAGACGAGAGAAGCCGGAAAAUCCAGGGACUCUUGGAGUCCUGCACGAACCCCACGGAGGACUUCGUCCAGGAGCUGCUGGCCAAGCUUCGGGGCCUACACAAGCAGCCGGGCUUCCCACAGUCCAGUUGCUCAGAUGACCCCAGCCUGAGCCCCCGCCAGGACCGGGCCCACACCGCCCCACCCUGACCGCUGCCCACCUCUGUAUUCCAGCCCCAGCGCCCAGAUUGUUUCUAAGUUGUAUUUAACGGUUCUGUUAACUGCC